UCUUCACAGCAUCACAAUUCCUUAACUCUCUCUCUCUCUCUCUCUCUCUCUCUCUCUCUCUCUGCUUUGUGAAGUGUAAAACAGAAACUUCUAUAAUGGCUCAGUCAAGCAUGGUCAUUUUGAUGCUACUAGCCGUAAUGUUGCUGGCCUCCACCACAGCACAAUCUCCGGCGGCUUCUCCUGUGCAGUCUCCUGAGAAAUAUACACCGGCCUCAUCUCCCGUGGUGAGUCCACCAGUUUCUGCACCUUCUCCUCAAGCAGCUGCGCCCUCUCCCACCACCGCGAACUCUCCGUCUUCGCCGCCUCCUGCAUCAUCCGAAACUCCGGCAAGCCCUCCCUCAUCGAUCUUGGCUCCGCCUUCCGAAGCACCUGGCCCUGCGGAGAGCGGUGCCGUUUCCAACUGUUUCGCACUCACCGGGUUUGUGGUUAUCGCCGUGUCCGCUGGGGUUUUGUUGAUCUAGAGGAUUCGAAUGCUCGGAGUAUUUUACCUCGAGUUCAUGGAUUCUUUAAUUAUUUGUCUGUGAAAAAAUUACUUUAUUAUUUGUUUCGGCCAUUAAUAUAAGUCUUCUUAAUUCUUUCUGGAA